CUUUCCGGGUCGGGAACGCCUUACUGGGCUUGCUCGGUACCCUACCGGUGCCUGGCAGUCAAGCAGCGGCCACCACAUCUGACCCUGUGCAUGGUGUUUGGCUAGAUCUAAGCUUUCUGUGCACGCUAAGUCCCUCAGGUCCCCGCAGACCCCUUGCCACUAUGCCCCCGGCGGCUGCACUUGGCACCCUGGUUUUAUUGCUGCUGCCACUGUUCCUGCCGCUCCCCUGCGGUACUGGGGUUCUUGGGGACAACUCGGAUGUUGCCUUGGACUACUGGGCUUUGGAAGGUGAGGAGGGCACCGAGCAACAGCUGCAUUACCACGACCCCUGCAAAGCGGCUGUCUUCUGGGGAGACAUUGCCCUGGAGGAGGAGGAUCUGAAGCUGUUUCACAUCGACAAGGCUGAAGACUGGACUAAGGUAUCCGCGGAGGAGGAAAUGGGACAUGACACCGGGGGGCUUGAGGAGCCUUCUGCAAGGUGGCCCAAUGUUACAGCCUCCAAUACCAGCACCCAGGCGGCAAGAAAAGAUGGCAAGGAUGACGUCACCCUUUUGCCUGGCCUUGGGACCUCAGACACCACAGCUAAGACCUUCUCUGCCCGGAUCCGAAGAGCCACAACAUCAAGGACAGAGCGGAUAUGGCCUGGAGGGGUCAUUCCUUACGUCAUCGGAGGGAACUUCACUGGCAGCCAGAGGGCCAUUUUCAAACAGGCCAUGAGACACUGGGAGAAACACACCUGUGUGACCUUUGUGGAGAGGACCGACGAGGAAAGCUUCAUUGUGUUCAGUUACAGGACCUGUGGCUGUUGCUCCUACGUGGGACGCCGAGGAGGAGGCCCACAGGCCUUAUCCAUUGGGAAAAACUGUGACAAGUUCGGCAUUGUGGCGCACGAGCUGGGCCACGUGGUUGGGUUCUGGCAUGAACACACUCGGCCAGACCGAGACCAGCAUGUCACCAUCAUCAGAGAAAACAUCCAGCCAGGUCAGGAGUACAAUUUCUUAAAAAUGGAAGCCGGUGAGGUGAGCUCUUUGGGAGAGACCUAUGACUUCGACAGCAUCAUGCAUUAUGCCAGGAACACCUUCUCAAGAGGAGUUUUCUUAGACACCAUCCUCCCCCGUCGAGACGACAAUGGCGUCAGGCCAACCAUUGGCCAACGUGUGCGGCUCAGUCAGGGAGAUAUAGCUCAAGCCAGGAAGCUGUACAAAUGCCCAGCGUGUGGGGAGACUCUACAGGACACAACAGGAAACUUUUCGGCACCUGGUUUCCCAAAUGGCUACCCUUCCUAUUCCCACUGUGUCUGGAGGAUCUCUGUCACCCCGGGGGAAAAGAUCAUCCUAAAUUUCACAUCCAUGGAUUUGUUUAAGAGCCGUCUGUGCUGGUACGAUUACGUGGAGGUUCGGGAUGGUUACUGGAGAAAGGCUCCCCUGUUGGGGAGGUUUUGCGGCGAUAAGGUACCUGAGCCCCUCGUCUCCUCAGACAGCCGGCUGUGGGUGGAAUUUCGUAGCAGCAGCAGCAUCCUGGGCAAGGGCUUCUUUGCAGUAUAUGAAGCCAUGUGUGGGGGAGACAUUACCAAAGACGCUGGUCAGAUCCAGUCCCCCAACUACCCUGACGACUACAGACCUUCCAAGGAAUGUGUGUGGAGGAUCACAGUGGCAGAUGGGUUCCACGUGGGACUUACCUUCCAGUCCUUUGAGAUUGAAAGGCAUGACAGCUGUGCUUACGACUACCUGGAAAUCCGCGAUGGUCCCACCGAGGAGAGCGCCCUGAUUGGCCACUUCUGUGGCUAUGAGAAGCCAGAGGCUGUCAAAUCCAGCGCCAACCGACUGUGGGUGAAGUUUGUAUCCGAUGGUUCCAUCAAUAAAGCGGGCUUCGCAGCCAAUUUCUUCAAGGAGGUGGAUGAGUGUUCCUGGCCAGACCACGGUGGGUGUGAGCAACGCUGUGUAAACACACUUGGCAGUUACACAUGUGCCUGUGAUCCUGGCUAUGAGCUGGCUGCUGACAAGAAGACAUGUGAAGUGGCCUGUGGUGGAUUCAUUACCAAGCUAAAUGGCACCAUCACCAGCCCUGGGUGGCCGAAGGAGUACCCCACAAACAAGAACUGUGUCUGGCAGGUGGUGGCCCCCACGCAGUACCGCAUCUCCCUGCAGUUUGAAGCAUUCGAGCUGGAAGGCAAUGACGUCUGUAAGUAUGACUUCGUAGAGGUGCGCAGCGGCCUGUCUCCUGACGCCAAGCUUCACGGCAAGUUCUGUGGCUCCGAGACCCCCGAGGUCAUCACGUCGCAGGGCAACAACAUGCGUGUGGAGUUCAAGUCUGACAACACAGUCUCCAAACGAGGCUUCAGGGCCUACUUCUUCUCAGACAAGGACGAGUGUGCCAAGGACAACGGCGGCUGCCAGCAGGAGUGCGUGAACACGUUCGGGAGCUACCUGUGCAGGUGUGGGAAUGGGUACCGACUGCACGAGAAUGGACAUGACUGCAAAGAGGCUGGCUGUGCAUACAAGAUCAGCAGUGCAGAGGGGACCCUGAUGAGCCCCAACUGGCCUGACAAAUACCCCAGCCGGAAGGAAUGUACGUGGAACAUUUCGUCAACCGCAGGCCACAGGGUGAAAAUUACAUUCAAUGAGUUUGAGAUUGAGCAGCACCAGGAAUGUGCCUAUGACCACCUGGAACUGUACGAUGGGACGGACAGCCUGGCCCCCAUCCUCGGCCGCUUUUGUGGCAGCAAGAAGCCAGAUCCUGUGGUGGCUACGGGCAGCAGCCUGUUUCUCAGGUUUUACUCAGACACCUCGGUGCAGAGGAAAGGUUUCCAGGCUGUGCACAGCACAGAGUGCGGGGGCAGGCUGAAGGCUGGCGUGCAGACCAAAGAGCUCUAUUCUCAUGCCCAGUUUGGGGACAACAACUACCCGAGCCAGGCCCACUGCGACUGGGUGAUAGUGGCGGAGGAUGGCUAUGGCGUGGAGCUGGUAUUCCGGACCUUCGAAGUCGAGGAAGAGGCAGACUGUGGUUACGACUACAUGGAGGCCUACGACGGCUACGACAGCUCAGCACCCAGGCUUGGCCGCUUCUGUGGCUCAGGGCCAUUAGAGGAAAUCUACUCUGCAGGGGAUUCGCUGAUGAUUCGAUUCCACACGGAUGACACCAUCAACAAGAAAGGUUUUCAUGCUCGAUACACCAGCACCAAGUUCCAGGAUGCCUUGCACAUGAGGAAAUAGCGUCAAGGCUCUGGCAAGGCAGAGACAAAGGAUGUUUUAAACACCCAUGAUUGAGUAGCCCCCAGUGUACAGUAUCUUUCUCAACAUCAAAAACUCAAACUACAUCCUUGAAACUAUGUAUCUGGAUGAAAAGUACAUGCCUUUGGCCAACAGGAAGAGAAAGAGUGUCCCGGUGGUUCUAGCUGCAGUGUUACCAAUUGCAGCUUCUAAAGGAGGUUAAAAUCUGAAGUUCGUGACCAAACAAGCUGUACCCUUGCUCCUAUGGGGCAAAAGGCCACCUGGGCUACCCCAUCCUCAACUCUGGACUGGCUGCCAUAGGCGACAGGCAACACCAGCUUCUCCUGAUGACUCGGCUGCCUUCUGUCAGCAUUGGACGUUGAGGACAAAAGCUUGGCCGUGGCUGAGUUGUUCCAGGUGUGGCUGGAGUUUUGACUUAGCUCUUCCAGAGCCAAGCCAAUGAGGAAACCUGAGACUAUGUAUGGACCCAAGAGCGAAAGAGGCAUCUCAGUGCACAGAGGGAGGCUUAGCCUGGGAACUAGCGUCAUGGAGUUGGAAGAUCUCUCGCCUUUUCCUGUUACUGGCCAUCCUUGCCUCCUCUAGGGUGCUCCUGUCAUUGGUACCCAUUCGUGAGGGAGAAUCCAUGGUCACGCCCAGCAGCACACUCACUGGUGAGCACUCCCAGGUUGCUGAGAUGACACUCAGAGGCUGAGAGGAUGCCACCUGUGCUGGGGUUCCCGCCAGCUUCCAAGCACUCCCAGCUGUGGAGGCAGAGGCAUCUGCUCCAGGGAACCUCAACCCCUGGACAGCCAGUUCAAACAGCAUCUGCAAGACGUGCCGCCAAGUCAUCUCAGGAACAAUUCAGGUCUCACUAGGUGAAAACUAGUAAUUCCAAGUUAUGUAAGAGUCGUCAUCUUCCGGAACAAGUGGGUCUGUGGCACACUUCAUGUCACCAGACAGGUUAAAGAGCGUGUUGGCUACUUUGCCGCAGUUAAGCAGGAUGCAGCUGUCACACUGCAAGCAGAAUUCUCAACACUCUGACGUGUAGAGGGUGAUGUUUACAUAAUUUUAGCACCUCAAAGCAUAAUUGAAAUAGUGAUGUAGUUUUGAAUGGCAUUUCAUUAAGGCAUCUCUGGGCAUUAUGAGCUAAAAGCUGUGGUAUGUUAGCUUUAUAAGAGCAUUUAUGUUGGGAUAACUUUAAAAUAAUGUUUACAUAACCGCAAGUCCUGUUGGGUUGGUGGUGAACACAGGGCGGCACAGGAGCCUGCUUCCGUUAGAGAUGGCAUAGCUCCCGAGCACCAGAAUCCCUUUGUGACAAACCAUCACUUUAAAGAAAGUGUUCAUGAAAGCUGAAGGUGUUUCUUUUUUUAAAAAGAUCCCAGUAUACCAACCAGAGGACGACGUCUAACUAAAGUGACUGCUGAGAGCAAAAAACCAGAAUGAUACAAAGAAAGGGGAAAGAAAUGCAUGGGAGCAUUUUGUUCUUAAAACAGAAAAAAAAAUCCAAGUAUUAUUAAUAAUAAUAAUAUAUGUCUGUAUAUAUGUAUCUAUGUAUGUAUGUAAGGAUCAGCUAUCAAAGCCUUAAUCAGGGCAGUAUGGCAGUGCCAACCCACUGGCUGUGGCUUAUCAUCAGACUCCGGUGCUGGCCCCACACAUGACCCAUCUCCCUUCAAAACCAAGAUCUCUUCCAGCUUCUCUUGGCCCUGAACUGAGGCUCCGUCUCCAUCCUCAUGUCCUGAUUGCUGGCACACCCACCCGGGGAGAGCUUUAUAUGGCAAAAAAGACAGCUUCUCCCAUUGUUUUGGUCCCAUCAACCAACUGUGGUAGAUUCCACUGCUCUGGUGUGUGUGUGUGUGUGUGUGUGUGUGUGUGUGUGUGUGUGUAUGUGUGUGUGUUUAGGUUAUACUUUUGUCUCAUUUUGUCUGUGAAGGGUGGACCAGAAAUCAGGAUACAUAAGGUAUCUGUCCCCAACCCCACUCCACAGAGACAAAAAUUCUGUAUUUUUAACCUUUAGAAGCCUAAGUAAGAUUGACAAAUUCCAUGGAAAAUCGGAGCUGGGGAGAGACAGUGUUUGCCACUGUGGUGACACACUGAUCAUUCUUUUAGUGUGAAUGUUUUUCAGAAGCACACGGCUCUAGCAGAGGCCAUUUACAACAAUACGGCUCUUAUGGUAGCCCUUGUUUAGGCCUGUGAGUGACAUACUCCCAGAAGACAGGCUCUGAUUCAACAAGAGCUGCAGGGGGCCCCUUCUCUGGAAGCUGGCACCCACAGGAAUUCACACAGGACACAGGUCCUGCAAAGAACUGCAGUCUGGCUUCCAAAAAUAGUUCACUCCACAGAAAGACCCAGCUGCCCCACCUUGGCCCUUCCAAUCGCUCAGUGUCCUUUCCAAAAACGUCCCUGGAUAUGUACGGAGAAAAGGUCUCAAGGCUAGCUCUUCAGUUUACCUUCCCUUUUAUCUGGGACCAAGCCUGUGGGUGUCAUGAAGCUCUAAGACCCAAGAACUGACUCUUAGGACAAAUGACCUAAGGAAGUAUUUGGAACCUGGGUCUCUGUGCCCUAGGUCUAUGACUCUGAAUCAGCAGAAGCAGGAACCUGCACCCAAGGCGGCGAAGCUGCAAAGAGCUGGCAUGAGGCUAUGUAUCGAUUCACUGUUUUCUCUGAAGUUUCUCUCUCAGUGUUCCCUCUACACAGUCGUGGAAUUCUUAGACUGCUCAGCCUGUUUAGAUAAUUCUCUAACCACAGGUAAGCAGCAGCUUCUCAUAAGAACAUGCCGUCAGUCUGGUCCCCAUGCUAUUCCUUAGACUUCUUGGUAUUGUUCAUGGAGUUUGGGAAGAGAUGGCCCCUUAGCAUCCAUAGAUGUUUUAAGCUUUGCAGAUUGUGAUCAAACUUCUGAUCAGUAACCCCCAAAUCUAAAAAGGUUCUUUAAAAAAAAAGAAAGAAAAGUAUUAUCUAUACAUAUAAGGGUAUUUUUUUAUUUCGAGUAACUUUACAUUUCAUGUAAAAUGUCAGUUGGCAAGAACAUGGGGGAGAUGGUAAUCCUUGUCUAAAAAUGAUGGUUUCAUUAAAGAAUGUGGAUUUGC